AUGAUUGUACCGUUGGACAAAGUAUUUACUUUAUUUCUCAUCACUUCAGGGUUCAUCAUUGACGAGAUCAAACCUCGGAUAAUCACACACACAUAUCUCAGAUUGUUCUUCAAAAAGACAAUGGGCAGCACUGCGGAUUUGUUGCGUGCUCGAUUCAGUUCUGAAGAGGUAAAGACUGUUACAAAAGGACCACCAAUCAAGGCUUAUCUUCUCCCAAGCACCGAUGCCCAUCAGAGCGAAUACCUGGCUGAACACGACUUUCGAGUAAAAUUCCUUACCGGUUUCACUGGUUCGAAUGCUUAUGUAGCUGUCACAAAUGAGAAGGCGGUGUUGUGGACUGAUGGACGCUAUUUUAUUCAGCCUUCGCGAACAGCAAUCAGUGAAAUACUGGAAGUUGAGAAAGUGAUUGAAAAUAUCUCAAAACUAGCUAACAUUAAAAUGCGUUACUCAAAGAAACUGCUUCUUAUGUAA